AUGGUGAAAGUCACUUUCAACACACUUGCAGGAGUGCAGAAGGAGGCAGGGCAGCGAGACAUGGAGGCCUUCAUGAGUCACACAGUUAGAGCACAGAUCCUGACCGGCAAGGAUGCCAUUUACCAUGGAGAGAUGUAUUUCUUGGAUUCUGAGGACCCUGUAAAUUCCUUUCAUGAUGGAGAGCCUUACUUCCUACCUGUGACAGAGGAGGCUGACAUUCAUGAGGAUGACAACAUCACAAUCAUUGAUGUGUCUGUUUCCACUUUCCCUGAUAGUGAUCCUGCAGCAAUUAUCCCUGACUUUGAAAAGGGAAUGACUGCUUACCUAGACAUGUUCCUGGGGACCUGCUAUCUGAUGCCCUUGAAUACCUCCAUUGGUAUGCCUCCAAAGAAUCUGGUGGAGCUCUUUGGCAAUCUUGCAAGGGGCAAAUAUUUGCUUCAUACUUAUGUGGUUCAUGAAGAUCUGGUUGCUACUGAAGAAAUUCAUCAUGUUAGUAAUCUAGGAACCUUUAUUUAUCAACUUUGCAAGAACAGAAAAUCCUUCCGCCUUCGUCACAGAGUCCUCUCGCUAGGUUUCAAUGAGUAUGCCAUUAAAAAGUGCUGGAAGAUUAGACACUUCCCCAAUGAAUUUAUUGGUGAGACCAAAAUCUGUCAAGAGUGA